AUGGCGCUGCUGGUGACCAACCUGGCUGGCGCGGUGAUGGCUGAGCUGAGCCCAGUUCCCAAGAGCAUCCAGGAGGCACGUGCAGAGGUGGAAAGGGCCAGUGGCAUCCCAGCAGCACUGCAGAAGUUGGUCCGGGAAGGUCAGGUGCUCACUGAGGAUGCAGAACUUCCAGAGGACGGCUGCGAGAUCAUUUGCGUGAAGGAUGAGACGCCCAUGUGGACCUGGAACACCGAGAACCCUGAGGCCAAACAGAUCGAGGUGGAUGGAAACGUUGUGCGGUGCCCAAACCUGUGCAACGACUUCGUGAAUGUGUUGACCCGAGAACCCAUCCGUAGCGGCAUUCACUACUUCGAAUUUGUCAUGCACAAAAUAGGGGAUGAACAGUGGUGUGGUGUCACCAUGAUGCCUGAGCUGGCGGGUCGCCGCUACGACGGUCGCAGCUUAAAAGCCUGGACUUACUAUUGUGGACGUCAGAGCCGCCAUGAAGGGAGCAUCACCGACGGCAAGGGGGCGUUGCAUGCCAAUGGCAAGGCCAUCUUGGAGUUUGAAAAGGCUUGCAGACCUGGAAAUGUGAUCAACAUGUUGGUAGACGGUGACAAGCGGAUCCUGGCCUUUGCCUUGGACGGUCGGUUGCAGGGGGCCUGCCAGGUGCCGGGCGCCAAGCCGCUGUAUGUCCUGACCCACGUGGAUACCCCGGCAGAUCACGUAGAGCUCCGAAAGCCGAUGCUGGAGGAUGCACCGCAGGAAGUUUUGGCAUCUUUGACUGGUGCCCUUCUGGACAUUGAGAAGGGGGAGAAACUGCAUGGCUACUAUGGCGGCUUCCACUUCAAUUUCCCUGACGGGAUUUGGGAAGCCGACAAGUUGGAAGAUUGA